AUGGUGUUUCAGACGGACUGUUCCGAUGUGGUGAAGAUGGUGUCUAAACCAGAGGAGUGGCCGGCGUUCUCAACACUACUUGCUCAUUUGGGCCAUACGGACUGUUCCGAUGUGGUGAAGAUGGUGUCUAAACCAGAGGAGUGGCCGGCGUUCUCAACACUACUUGACGAGGUUGACAGAUGUAAGAGGAGAUUCACCUCUUUCAACAUCAUGCAUAUUCCAAGGACGAACAACACGAAGGCAGACAAGUUAGCACGAAGUGCUCGAGAUCUACCUACAGAUGUGUAUUAUGUAAACUCUAUUUCACCAGUUUGGAUUCCCGAGUUGUUGUAG